UGUUACCUCACUAGCUGUCACUUGUUAGUCGAUCUUGGCUCUCCCCCGUCUCCUCCUCGGAGAUCAGCCAGUAUUACGUGAAGUCCGGCUCUCUCUCUCCCUACUGGUGUCUCGGAAAACGACGUGUGUGUUUGUGCUCCGUAGUUGAUUUCAACAGCUGUUUGAGCUCCAGUUGUGUGUGUCUGGCUGUUGGCAAAGGAGUGUGUGUGACUGUAUGCAGGCAUGAGCAAAGCUGCCAUAGGUAGACAGAGGUCCCUAGAGUGCGUGCCUGUGCGGCGCAGGAGUGGCACCAGUCCUGAAGAGAAGUGUCAUGGUUGUGGCGAGGAGUUCCCAAAGGAAGGUGUCACCAUCCUCGAUGCAAUGAGCAAGGCUUGGCACGUUGAGUGUUUCAGGUGCUGUGUGUGUCAGACCACUCUACCUGAGAGCUACUAUGCCGUGGACGACCGGCCGUACUGCAUGGACCACUACUACGAGACCACUGCACACAGGUGUCAGGCAUGUGGAACCUACAUCACUGGACCUACCAUGACUGUGGGCAUGUCCAGGAUGUACCAUCCCGAGUGCUUCACCUGCAGUUCAUGUGGAAUACCUCUGGGAGAGAGAGAUCCAUACACUCUCUAUAACACUGGACAAAUCAGAUGUUGUGACUGCUGUGCGAGUGAGGAGAGGAGAGAGGGAGGAGGAGGGGUGGUGAGGAGAGAUGGGGGAGGAGGAGAAGUAGAGACUUAUUCCAGCAUCCAACUCAUCAAGAUACCUCUCAGUAAAAAACCUGUCAAAUUCAGAUUGGAGGGUUCUCCCCCGGGAGUCAAGAUGGCAGGAGGAGUGCCUGGAUUCUCAGCCCCUCGGCUGCCUCUGCCGGGGCAGAAGGUGGCCAAGAAGAAUGCACUCAAAAUUGAAAAGUUACCUCGGAGUCUGGUAGGGAGUCCUCUGAGACCAGGAGACGAUAUUCUGGAGAUCAACGGAGUCGCCAUUGUGGACCAGGACCAGAAGGAAAUCAAUGGACUCAUGCACGCAUAUGAGGACUGUCUCUAUCUCACCAUUGAGAGGAAGACACCACUCUCUACCUCCACUGCCACUACCAACAGGUCCAGUGGCCCCAAACCCAUCCCCUUGCCUAGAAAGAAUCGACCAGUCCAACCCACCACCCCUGGAGGAGGGGGAGGGGGAGCAGUGGGGAGAGAGUACCAGUGCCUCCCACCAAUCAUCCCUCCCCGGCCAUCAGUUACCCCUCGUCGAGGAGUGGCUAGCCCCAACAGAACAACACACUCUCUCAGUACACAGUGCUCUGGUGACAUGGUCAACCCUGCUCCAGAGAAUCUGAGGUCGUGGAGAACCAGAUCAAUUCCUGCAUUUGACCGCAGCGCUGACUACACCAGAUGUUUCAGGCUGAGUGACCUGGAGAUUGGUGGGGUCAUUGGUCAAGGCUUCUACGGUGCCGUCACUAAGGUUCGACACCGCUACACAGGGCAGGAGAUGGUGAUGAAGGAGAUGGCUCGAGUCACUGACGACACAAAGAUAUCCUUCCUGAAGGAGGUGCAGCUGCUGAAGAGUCUGAACCACCCCAACAUCCUCCAGUUCAUAGGGAUCUUGUACAAGGAGGGCAAGGUCCUGGUCCUCAUCACAGAGUACGCCGACGGAGGGACGCUCAGGAAGACCAUCAAGAACACAGACAGACUGUUCCCAAUGUACCUGCGGAUCUCCAUUGCCAGGGACAUUGCAGCUGGCAUGAGCUAUCUCCAUGGGAAGGGAAUUAUCCACAGAGACCUUAACUCCAAGAACAUCCUACUAAGAAAGGGCCUGACAGCCCUAGUGGCAGACCUGGGACUGGCCAGGAUGUUCCAUCCAAUGGAGAGAAGGGAGUCCAACAAGACCAAUGGGAGGGCACGAGGUGGCAGGAGAAGGAUGACAGUGGUGGGGACACCAUACUGGAUGGCUCCAGAGAUGCUGAGGGGAGAGAGCUACGAUGAGAAGGUGGACAUCUUCUCAUAUGGCAUCGUAGUGUGUGAGAUACUGACUAGAGUAAAGGCAGACCCCGAUCAGCUCCCACGAACAAAGACAUUUGGUCUGGAUGUGGAGGGAGUGAGGGGAAUGAUUGGCAACUGUCCUCCUCCCUUCUUUCAUCUGGCCACCGAGUGCUGCGAUCUAGACCCUGAUAAGAGGCCCAAUUUCACUCUAAUUGAGCAGGGGCUGAACCGACUGCUGGCUGUUGCCAUGUCAGCAGAGCCAAACUUCUCGUCUCUGGAUGAAAACUUCUAUCGACUCCUUCAGUCAGAACGCUUUCAGGUCCCGUCUCCUCGUGAUAUCAGUGAUGAAGAGGUGCAACAGUUGGUGGAGUCUGGAGAUGCCACGAAAUUCAGAGUUCCUCUCAGUCUUGGAGAACCUCACACUGAGAAAGACAACGCUGGGAAGGACUGCCAGGCCUAUGAUGUCAUUAUUAGCUCCAAAUUCUUUGACGUCAUUGAGAAGAGACCAGUGAUGAAGAAUUUUCUCCUGACUCUGGCCAUCGAAGGACUGGAAGACAAGUACAACAUCCUCCUCUCCAGAGACUGCACUGUUCUGAAAAACCGCAAGUUCAUUGGAGCUCUUCCAGAGCAGACUGUUCGUCAGAAACCUAAACCAUUCAUCAUCGAAGUUGACAAUAAGGAGAGUGGGGUCCAACAGUCACCUUACACCAAGACCCAGGAGAUGGAGAGAGAGGGUAAAGAGCCAGUCUACACUCUACUGAGAGAUCCAGUGGAAGGAGACCUGCCUCAGUACCUGGUCAUGGAGGUGCAGCUCCCCGGAAUUGGAUCAUCACGGCAGAUAUGUCUGGAGGUGGGAGAAGACAGACUCCAACUCAGCACUCGACCCAAGCUCUACCUGUUGCACCUUGACCUCCCCUACCUACUGGAUCCUGACUCAGGUGGCGCUCAGUUCAACAUCCACACCACCACUCUGACUGCCACACUACAUGUGACUGGUCUAGCUCCCACCCUCUCAUAGUACACUGUUCAGCAUCCACACCACCACUCUGACUGCCACACUACAUGUGACUGGUCUAGCUCCCACCCUCUCAUAGUACACUGUUCAGCAUCCACACCACCACUCUGACUGCCACACUACAUGUGACUGGUCUAGCUCCCA